UUGCAAUUGUCCCCACUCACUAUCUUCCCACUCCUCCCAUAUCCCACCACCGCGAAUUUCUAGAGCUCUGCAAGAAAGGUGACUGAAAGCAGCAACUCCCUUUUGGACUUAUCAGGACGCCCCUAACUUUUGGUGUGGAAAACUUACAUUAAGAAUCCCCUGUGAAAGCCUACGCGUCUCUGCAAUGCGCUAAACAAGGCAAAUGUAUCAUUCUUGAUGCUGCUCAUGCCAUGCCAUCCAUCUCCUGUCGUAACCCCCUUUCACCCCAAGCAGCUUGGAACUGCUGUGCUAAGCUGCUUCGCGUUCGUUUCGUGGCGUUGAGUACCCUCGAUUUCACCGAAUGAAAACUAGACUUUCUCUUCUCGUUCUACAGAGCCUUCCAUGCGAUCCAGUCAAGUUCGAUUCCCAGAUCGAAGCUGGCCGGAGACUGCAUUCCUACCCUCGGCCACUACUGAUCCCGAUGCGUUGCUCUGUUCUGCCCCGCAGAAGCCCCGCCCGCCUCAAACGUCACACGGGGAGGUAGAAUUCCAGGCUUUAUGCUGCUUCUCAAGUACAUAUAUAUAGACCUGGGUGACCGGCUGCAUCUACCCACCACCAAAAUGUUCCUCAAACACGUUGCCGCCGCUGUCCUGCUGAGCGCUUUCGCCUCUGCCCGCCCUGAAUUGAGCUCCUCCGUUUCUCCAUCGAACCUGAAGGGAAUCCAAGCCGAGCCCAUGACGAUCUUCAACUCGGCGGCAAACUCGACCUUGUUCAUGUUCCCGAACCCGGACGCCUCCGGUCCAGCGGGUGUGCCCAUCAAGACCGAUGGGCCAGAGCAGGGAGAUUACUCUCGGUGGGAUAGAUACUACCUGUCCAAGGACCACUACUGGUUCAAGAACAUCGGGACCGGGUACUGGCUGAUGGUCGACCAAAACGAUACGCUUGUCGCGGUGCCCGACGAGACUCCCACCAUCUUCGUUGCCCGCUCCGUCGGAGCGCAGAAGUACGUGAUCAGUCCGCGCGACAAAGAUACGGCCUGGCAGCCUACUUACGGCGCGAGCAUGAUCUAUGGAUAUCUUGGUCUCCGGCCUCGCGAUGAAAAAGCGGAUCAACACUGGACUUUCCGGCAUUCCAGUGGCGCUGCCGCUGCCCCCGAAAGCUUGGACUGACGUAGAAAAUGCAGGAUUUGUCAUGCCAGAGAGGAUGGGGACGCCGAUGCACUGCGAUUUCAGAACAUACAUAAAUCCUAGGAUACUUUUGUACGGGACCCUCAAUCCCGGGCUGGCAUCUUGUCCGUGCAAUCUGAUCAAAGUUCGAUACUCGCCAUAAGUAAAACCCAAC